AUGGAGGAGCACCAGUGGAUGCUGGAUCGUCUGGAUAUAGUUGUGGCGAGCCCCCAAGAGGCUCGCAAGCUGAAGGCCAGCAUGACACUUCUAGCGCUUGUUCUUGUUGACGACGACAACCCCGAGUUUUUCAGCCGAGUUAUGGACCUGAUAGAGUCCCUCCUGUUUUUCAGUCUCCCGGUAUCACUGAAACCUUCUCCUUGCAGGCCUGCCAAGUUGGAUGUAAUCAAUUACCUUGCUCCCUGGGAAGCGAUCAACAUGAGCAAAGAGCUAUUGCGGGCGAUAGAGUUGUCACUCCCAGAAGCAGCGUGCUGCUCUGGUUUCCUUGACCCGUGCUUCUGCAAUGCGGUCCAGAAUUUCUCCGUGUUUCGACGCAACGUUGUGUGCCAGGACUGGUCUGGCAUCCUGGCCUUCAUGCCGGGCCUCAUUCCCGAUUCAACAAGCACCGCCUCAAUAGUUCUCGCUCCAGGCCACCGGAUUCCUCAGCUUUUGGAGCUGUUGCAGGCCUUCGUGGACGGCCUGGGACUGUUUGAAGUUAAGGUGACUUACCUCAGCGAGCCAGCGAUCAUGAAUGAACUUUCACCCGGAAUUGUACUCGGGACUCCGGACAGGAUGCAGGAAGCACUGUGCGGGGCCAGCACGACUUGGAAGCCACACAGAGCCGUUCUCGUAGAAACCAAUGUGCUGGUUUCCACACAGAAAGUACAUGUGGAGGCAAUAUGCUCCAUCCUUUGGAGCCGAGACGUGAUCUUGGGGAUCCACUCCCUAGACCCAUCUCCUGGUGUAGAAGAUAUCGUCACAAGGUUCUGCAAGGGCGAGACGAGCAGGAUUCCCAGGCCAGCCUUCACCGUAAGCUCAGUCAAGCACUUCUAUGCAGCUGUCAAGAGCGCUAGUGACAAGCUCUCCAAGCUCGGGGAAGUGUGGAAGUUGUUUCGGAUCAGGAGCGAUACAGUGACAGUGUAUUGCAACUCGGUAUCGCAGGUGGAACUGGUUGCUUCUGGGAUGGAACGUGCGGAUUUUAAAGUGGCUGCAACGCACACUGGCAUGCCGCAGCACUGCAUUGAAGAGACGAAUCGGGCUUUUCGCCAGCGUGGUUUGCUUCUAAUCACCAACAUAAUCUACAGUGGAAGGCAGCAUGUUAUCAACUUUGACAUGCCGGAGUCCGCGGAUGGGUAUUUGGCGAGAGCAGGCGUGCACAGGAUCCUUUGGACGAGAAAGGUGGUGAGCAUCUGCUCUGAGCUUGAAGUUUGUUUGAUGCACGAGUUUGAAAGGAGCCUUGGUUUCGAGGUUGAUCUUCUGGUUGCAAAAGACCAUCGUCUGAAUGGAAAGAAGCCACCGCGGAGAAAGAGAGCCAGUUUGGCCCAAGAAUGCCAUACCCAGCUGUUAGGUGAUGGGAUGACCAUUGGGAAGUCCAAGAACUUUGCUCUAAGCUCAUGGCUAGAGCACCUAAAGGCGGAAGGUGGGGAAAGUACCCAGGAGGCUCGCCAGCUCCUGGGACGGCCUCGGGUAGAAACUCUCGUUGUAGAGAAUGCUCCUCGCCGCCUUGUCGAUCGUCGUGAAGGGCUUCACGUCAGAGAAAUCAAGGACACACCUUCGGAUCUCGCCUCACAGGAUCCCACGCUAGCUGAAUUUCGAUGUCGUCGCCGUCCAGACCCAGAGUGCGGUGGAGGUGUGCAGUGA